GCGGUCCCUCGGGGAGAGUCUGUCUGGGUCCCAAACCGUCCCUGCAUGAGGUCACCCUGCCAGAUCACGUGCUCGAGCCCGCGGAAGCGCCACAUCGCCAGCCGCGCCCCUGCACCCCCACCCUGCCCACGUGACCCGGCCUACUUUCUCCCCGCCCGACCCGAAGCUUCGCUCGGGAAGCCCCGCCCCACGCAGUGCUCUAGCCCUGCGAACCUCCGCCCCUCUUCGGCCCAGGCUCUAGGUUGGCCAGCGGCCCCACGUGUUUCUCCCUGUCCAAUUGGAGCCGGCGCUCGGGCGCGAAGGGGCGGGAAGAAAGAACGACUUCGUUACGCUGGGAGAGGGGGGCGGGGCCUGUAACGUCGGAGUGAACGGAGGGACGCAACGGAGGCAGGCCGGAGCCGCUGCCGUCGCCAUGACCCGCGGUAACCAGCGCGAGCUCGCCCGCCAGAAGAAUAUGAAAAAGCAGAGCGACUCGGUUAAGGGAAAGCGCCGAGAUGACGGGCUUUCUGCUGCCGCCCGCAAGCAGAGGGACUCGGAGAUCAUGCAGCAGAAGCAGAAAAAGGCAAACGAGAAGAAGGAGGAACCCAAGUAGCUUUGUGGCUUCGUGUCCAACCCUCUUGCCCUUCGCCUGUGUGCCUGGAGCCAGUCCCACCACGCUCGCGUUUCCUCCUGUAGUGCUCACAGGUCCCAGCACCGAUGGCAUUCCCUUUGCCCUGAGUCUGCAGCGGGUCCCUUUUGUGCUUCCUUCCCCUCAGGUAGCCUCUCUUCCCCUGGGCCACUCCUGGGGGUGAGGGGGUUACCCCUUCCCAGUGUUUUUUUAUUCCUGUGGGGCUCACCCCAAAGUAUUAAAAGUAGCUUUGUAAUUCCUUGAGCGCCUGGUUUGACUGGGGAUUUGGGGGGGAUGGGGAUGGAGGAAUGGCUGCCCUUUCCCACAAAAAGGGGAGAGAACUUUUAGACCCUAAAAGGUUGUGGAUAUGUAGUCCAAGUGAAACUUCACAGAAAAAUUCUUUAUUGUUUUACAACAAGCAGACAAGUACUCUGGGUAUAUGGUAGAGGAAUCCUCUAAGAAUCAUAGGGACUUCUUUUCUGUGAUGUUUGUCCCCCACCCAGACCUUAAUACCAUCCCAAGGAUGGAGUUGAGGGUCUAAGAAGGAAGGCUCCAAGACCCAGGUCUGUGCCCCUCUUCCUUAUUCUUCCUCAGUUUGUUUGCCUGCUUGAAAGUUGUCCCCACAGUCCUGCUGCUUACUGACUUCCAUGGUCAGCUGCUUUCAAGUGUUCACAUUCUCUUCUUUCAUUCCUCCUGGAAUGAGGGUUUUUGUCUUCCCACUUCUUUGACCUCAAGAUCAGGAUUAAUUAAAACCUAGGGUAGUCUGUGUUUCUUUCUUCCUGUGUCCUGGUUUAUUCUGGGGUUCUGGGCUUCUUAUAUCCCUGUGCCUAGGCUGAAUUGCUUAUGUUUCUUUUUAUCUCCAAGGGCAGAGCCAAGUAAGUCGUCAGUUUCUGUUGGUCUUUCCCUGCCCCCAUCUCCACCAUGAAAGCCAGGAAAUGGCUGGUGUCACACUGUUUGCUGGGAUCAGCAGUAGUUCCUGAGCUGCUGACUUGGGAGUUAGACUCUUGAGUUGGGGUAAAGAUGUAGUGGUAGCUCUUUUUGAGUCAGAUACUUGCCCAGGGCAUUAGGGUAUAUAUGGCCACUUUUUCCAAUUCAGACAUAGUAUUGAUGUCAGCCUAAAUGAGGUAACUGCUGGAUAGCUCCCCUCAACCAAGACUAGGGGCACAACUUUAAGGGAAUCCCAGUUGUGUUAAAAGUACUUAGACUUGGAUAUGUGUUAUCUGGUGAUACUGAUACGAUGACAAUGUCGCCUGAAAAUAGGAGGAGGCUUGGGGUCCUGGUUGGGGGACCAACAGAGUGGUGCCAGUAGCAGCCCCAGAUAGAGGAGUACACAGGUCCAGCAUGAGGCAACCUUGACCCAGAAGGUAGCCCAGCUGCCCUUGGUGAAGGUCUUUUCCAGUUCUGCUCCCUCAUAGCUGUGGAACCAAAGUCUGUGGUUAGAGAAUAUGCAGGGCCUUCGUGUUUAGACCUGUCUUACCUUCACACCAGAUUAUGGCAGACCCAUGUGUGUCUCCUGGGAACCCUUGGGAUUGGCCUUGAAUUGCUCUUUUCCUAUAAUAGCUAGGUUUUCAGGAGAGUUUCCCAGGCCUACCUCCAUCCUACCUGAACCAGUUGGUAAGGGUAACCAUGACAUAGAGUGAUGCAAGGAAGAAGACGAAGUGGAAGGCAGAAUAGCUGUAGGAAAGAUGCUGGGCUUGAACUGGAGGAGUUGGAGAGGUCUCUUGGUCAGCUGGCCUGGCAGCUCCUCCCCUUUGCCCUGAAGAGAGGGAGGGGCUGCUGGGCACAGUGCUGCUAAAAUACGGCUUCCAUCUUCCUCCUCCCCCGGCUUUUGUGAAGGCGCUUAAGGGCUCUUUGGCACUGCAGAAAUCUACACUUCUUAUGGAUCCUCACUUGACACUUACCUUCCUCUGGCUCCACUACUUCAGGGCAACAGAAACAGAGUGAGGGCUUCUGUAAAACAAAAUGUUUUGGAAUGACGUUGAAAAGAAUGUGAAGGUAUUAAUAUAGGACACUCCCUUUCUUUGAAAAGAUUAAUCUGGUGUAAGAAGUAGAGGCACACCUGGGUUCAAAUGCUAGUUCCAGCAUAUAACUGGCUAUGGGAAUUUUGGUAAGAUGUUUAAUGUGCCUCAGUUUCUCCAUUUGUAAAAUGGAGCAAAUACCUACCUCACAGGGUUGUUGUGAGGAUUACAUUAAAUGAGAUUAUGUAUGUAAAGUAGCACAGUGCCUAGCACAUUGUGGGUACUCAAUAAAAGGUAAUAGCAGCUAGAAUCUGA